AAAAAAUGUAAUAUUUGAUUAUGUAUAAUCACUGAAAAUUUAAUUGGGCUCUUUGUGAAAUUGACCCAUAAAAUAAAAGGCCCUCAACCCUUCUUCAACCUCUAUUUCGUGCCUCACUCUCUCAAAAACAUCUGCUAGACUGCUACUGAAAAAGUUUGCCACUUUCGAUUUUUUCUUAGGGUGGCAAAUGAAGCCUCUUCUCCGAAAAAAUCUAAACCUAUAUCGUCAUGGCAGUCCAGUUUUAAGGUAUACGGAUCUGUACAAUAGGAUCUCGAGGACAGCAGAUCCAGCGGUCUCGAUGGUUCCUAUUCUCGAGAAUUGGCUCGAUGAAGGCAACGAGAUUAAGCGACCUGAGCUGCAAGAAAUCAUCAGGCAGCUUCGGAAGGAUCGCCGCUACACGCACGCUCUUCAGAUAUCACAAUGGAUGACUGACCGAGUGUGCUUUAACCUGUCACCUGAAGAUGCUGCAUCUCAGUUGGAUUUGAUCUCUAAAGUUUAUGGCUUAGAAGAAGCAGAGAAAUAUUUUAGCAGCAUUCCUGAAAAUUCAAGAGGCUACCGGGUUUAUAGUGCUCUUUUAAACUGCUAUGCACACACCAAAUGUUUGGAAAAAGCAGGAGCUCUCAUGGAAAAGAUGAAGGUGCUGAGAUUCAUAAGAACUCCGCAGCCUUACAAUUUAAUGCUAAAUCUUUAUUCUCAAAUGGGCAAAUAUGAAAAACUAGAUAGCCUGAUGCAAGAGAUGAAAGAAAAAGGCAUAAAGUGUGACUUCUUCACAUUCAAUAUCCGGUUAAAUGCUUAUGUAGCCUCUUGUGACAUUGAAGGAUUGGAAGGACUUCUAAUGAAGAUGAAAGCUGAUCCUCGCAUCAGCAUGGACUUCCAUUCUUAUGCUGCUGCAGCAAACGGUUAUCUGAAAGCUGGCCUAAUUGAAAAGGCUCUAACGAUGUUGAAGAUGUCAGAGCAGUUGAUUAGUUCCAGUGUUAACUCAAAAAGGUUUGCUUAUGAAAGUCUCCUUGGUUUGUAUGCUGCUGCAGGGAAGAAAGCUGAAGUCUAUCGUAUUUGGAAUUUAUAUAAGAAGAAUGGGGUGUUCUCCAAUGUAGGUUAUGUAUGCAUGAUAAGUUCAUUGUUGAAGUUGGAUGAUAUGGCAGGUGCCGAGCGGAUCUGGGGGGAGUGGGAUGUUGGGAAGUUAUUGUUUGACAUUCGAAUUCCAAAUUUGAUGAUCAAAGCUUAUUGCAGUAAAGGUCUAUGGGAAAAGGCUGAGGCACUCAUAAACAAGAUUGUAGAGAGUCGGAUGGAACCUAAUGGUGCCUCAUGGGAUCAUAUGGCAACUGGAUAUUUUGAAAAUGGACAGAUGACAAAGGCAGUAGAAGCAAUAAAGAAAGCAAUUUCACUAAGUAAACCAGGAAAGAAACCCUGCCUUUAUAGGGUAGAAGUAUGUCUUAAGUAUUUGAAAGGCCAGGGAGACAUGGAAGCUGUAGAAGAGCUUUUGAAGAUGAUUAAGGAGAGUCCUUUUUACUCAACAGGUGCUUAUGAUAGAUUAUUAAGUUGCGCUAACAGAGAAGACCUGACUACCAGUGGUUCUGAUCAGACGGGAGAUGAUGAUCGGACUGUUGGUGGAGAACCACCUACAGCCUUGGAGUAUACAGACAAAGGAAGCACCCGAAUUAUGACAGACUAGUUAUGGCAUGUUUCUGGUAAUUUUUUUAAGAAAAUUGCUAUGGCUAUAUGCUAUUGAACAGCAUACUGUCAUCUAAUUGGAGAUCUAUUGACUAUUUGCAGUACAAAGAAAAUCUGUCAGAUCAAUUGGGUUUCACAAGUUAAUACCUUAUCCAAUUCAAUAAAAGGCUCUACUCAGUUUAGUGCCUUGAUUGCUAGUUCAUUGGUUCGACUAGCGGAGCCAAUGUUUGGCAAGUGAUAACCCACUUCUUUAAUCUCUUUUCUGAUACUGCUAAUAACUAUUUUACACCACGCAAGACGGAAGGGCAGUUCUUCAAUGUGAUACAACAAUAUCACUCCGUUGAAUAUCUGCAAUUCCUUGUCAUGCAACCACCUUUUAAAGCGAACGAGCAAAAUAUAUACAAAAAUGGACAAAAUGGUGGAACUGGAACUGCUGUUCUUGAUAUUGUUUAUAAUGUGUGUAACCUGCUGCUUUUUUACUGCAGACAGCAAGCAGUUUCACCAACUGGGAGUUUGUAGGUUCAAGUGAAAAAUUCUGUAAAUGUACAAUUUAAGUUUUAUUAUUUCCAGUUGCUAUAAAAACGCUAUCCUCUAUAUAUUUCAAAUUUUUUCUUCCA